AUGGAUGCCAUCCUGGAACGGCUGGCUGGGGUCCAUACUCCGGUGGCUCCUCCGGCUUUCACCCCCUCUCCCCCGGCCCCUUCCUCGAAGGUUUCUUCCGGCGCUCCUCCCGAAACCAUCGACUUGGUGGAUGACGAGGAGGUGCUUCCGGGAGAAGGCCAGGGGAAAGGAUGGGACUUCUCGGAGGAAGCCGCCGAGGGUGCUGGAGACCCUCAAGCUCUCCCAGUGGUAGCAGAGGAGGACGAGGAGGAGUCAGAAGUGGCUCUGAUCCGCAAGCGCAAGGGCAAGAUGAUUGCCCAAGACGAGCCGAAGAGGCCUCGGAGGGCCGACACUCCCGCUCAUGGCCUAGACGGCGGGGUGUCCCCGAUGGAGGAAAAUCCUGCUCCUCCUCGCAUUGAGCUUACCCCGAUUCCGGGGGAUGAGGCGAGGCAGGAGCUUCGCAUAGCCAAGCACAACUACGCUAUGGACGAGUACUCCCGGGGAUACGCCGAUGUGGAGGCCCUUAGGAGGAUCCUGCGGGCGGAGGUUGAGGCGAGCAUUAACCACCCGGAAUAUCAUGAUCCGUGGAACCUCAACCUGGAUCCUUUGGCAGACUGGUUCCGUCCCCUCCUUGGGCCCACUCUGGCUCCUUUUGCUGCGGAAAUGACCGGUGAGUUCGCCUCUCAGCUUACACGCUGUGCGCCCAAGCGGUUUGCCACUUGUGCUUCCCUGAACUCUAUCUUCCAAGUCCAGGACCUCAGCCAUUCCCUCACAGUGCUUGCAGCUGAGGCGGGUCGCCUCUCCAAGAACAUUAUAAGCCAUGGCUUCGCUCUGUCCGAUUUUGGGGACAUGAACGACGUCAAGAAGGUCCUUCAAGACCUUUGCGGAGAGGCUGAUCUACCCGGAGGCCGCCGAACGCCAGGAGGCUGCGGCCAAGGCUAA